ACAAUCGAAGUUGUCUCACAUGCAAGAUGUUCCAAUCGUGAGGAAUCGUCAAAUUGAACGAAUUAUCACCCAUACGCCUAACGAUUUUGGUUGGCCAGAGCUGAAAUAUUAACAAAUUAUCUUUGUCAAGUAUUCAGAACGAGGGAUGAGUAGCAAGAAGCCUCCUCCGAGACCUCCAUURCCCACAGCUGGUCAGACAAGAAAUGGUGGAUCGACAGUAAACACUCCUGGCAAACUCCGGUCUGCAUUAGCAUCAUUAUCAAUACGAUAUAACAAUUCAUCAACUAAGAAUAUAGACUCAGAUUCGGAAGAAGAGAUCUGCAUUGUUCGGAAGGAAGAGAAAUUAUCUGCGAAUCAAGAGGAGGGCGAGAAUGAAAAGCUCCCCAUCAAAAUAAUCGAUGAAAAUAAAGUCGUGACGCAUGCAUCGCAACACCAUGGUGAGGGAUCAUGUCCAUUACUACCAGCACACAGUAACGAGUUUAUAGGUGUUACAGAMCAAGGAGUCGGUGGGAAAAGGACAAUUGUGAAACAGCAAACGUGGCCAGGGAAUUCAAAAAUCAACUCCAGUGCCAAGAACACUUCCACUCUCACAACAGGUAUGCGAUUUCUACGACGCGAUCAAGGAACACAAAAUCUCAAGAAAGACCAACCCAAAGAUGAAGAUAAUAGUAAAGAUGAAGCCGACUCGGGAUCCCAGCCGUCUAGAUCUCAUUUAAGUUUAAGCUUGCACGCGAAAGGAAAUGACGACGAUAAAGAGGGAAGUCGUUCACGAUCUCCUUCGCCAUUCCGCCGACUCUACCGUCAAACCAACAAUGACAACACUAAUAAUAUCAGCGARAAAUUAGCAGUUACUUCGUCUGCGAUUUCGUUGUCAUCUCUUCUAGCCGCGGCAGCCACAGACGAAAAACACGAGGAACCGGAAUGCGWCGAGAAGGAGGAAGAAGACAGCUCGGGAAAAGACGAUAAUAUUCCGCAUGACAUUUCAGUUUCAGUACCCGCACCUCACGAGCUGAUCCAGUCUCCAACUCUUUCAACUUCUUCAGGCACACAAGAUCAACAUGAACCAUCUUUCACAUUUUUACUAUUCUGCACUCUAUUAUUUUACAUAUACUUCAUUUCUAAUCUUCCAGUAUUUUUUAAUGGUAUGGUCGUUGGYUGUAUAGCUGCCUAUUUAGUUGGAUGUUUAAUUUUAUUGGUUGUUUGUCCUGAGGGAUCACUGGGUGAACGCUUCCAGCGCGAGCUAGAUGAGUACAAUUUAAGACUUUCUCUGAAGCCUAAACCAACGUACAAAUCUAAGGAUCCUGGUCUAUUAUUAAGGCCAAAAGGAAUGAAGGGAUGGAUGCUUAAAUCUUACGACUAUGACCCAAACAGUCCAUCUGACACAAAAUUAGUAUAUGCAGAGCUGAAAGACAAUCGUCUUAUACUGUCCCACCCAAAAUCUGAUGGAAAGAAGAUUGAUAUUAAGUCUGUUAAUGACAAAACUGAUGUUCAAGUUGCUAGACAAGAUUUCUUUGAUCUAACAGGCAGCUAUGUUUGCCUUACACCACCUACACUCACAGCUAGAAGAAUCUGGAGCAAAAAGUAUCCUAUUUGUUUAGUGCUAGGACAACCUGGGGAAGUUAAGGAAGUUUCUAGAGAUAGUAGUAAUAUUGAUGAAUCAACCAGCAAAAACCCACUCCAGAAGGUGAAAAGUCAGUCAUCAGUAGAUGGUGUUAGCGUUCUGUAUUUAUUUUCCAAAACYGGUAGGCAGAAAGAGGAAUGGUACCAAAACUUUGAAAGGAUUUUAUCAACUAACAAGACUUCAAUAAACCACUCAUGUAGUUACCCGCACUAUAUGGCCAGRUUAUUGCCUAAUAUGGAUGCAGACCAGCAGGACUCGCAUGAAGUCCAGUUAGCAUGGGUCAAUAUGUUAUUUGCUAGAGUAUUCUGGGAUGUAUGGCAGGAUCGGUACUGGGCAGACAAAAUCAAGCAGCGAUUUCAAAACAAGUUGAGUCGAGUGCACAAGCCACAGUUCAUACGWGACAUUCACAUUACAGAUUUAUGUUUGGGUCAUACUUUCCCAUUGAUCAACAARGUAUCCCCACCAGUGCUUGAUGAGCAGGGAACAUGGGUUGACUUUGAUGUUACUUAUAGCGGUGGAGUGGUUUUCACUGUAGAAACACACUUGAACAUUGAUGGWUAYUUGAACUACUUCUUGAGUCUUGGCAAAGAGAAGGAAAUGGCUGGUGACUUAGAUAUGGCAGAGCUAUCACGCAAGUAUGAAAUCAUUGAAAAAGAUGAACUAUUAGAGUGUGAGAGCCAACAGAAUCCUGAUGAUGAUAAUCAGUCGUUGACRUCUGAAAGCCCCCCAGAGAGUGACUCAGAYUUUGAGUCUCCAGAAUCCGAUCCUGAUGAAUUGACCAAUAAGCUGAAGUCAAGUCGACAGGAGAGUUUCAAUGAUGAUGGUUCGCUCUCACCCACCCAAGAAUCAUCAGARAACUUGUAUGCCCAAGAAGCGCUCAUGCAACUUAAGUCACUAGAAGGAUUCCUUGAGAAGCAAAUUGCUGAAGCUGAAGAGAUGAAUCUACUAGAAGUGGAGAGUUCUUCAUCAUUGAGCCUCUCGCAAGACUCACUUUCAUACAGUAAUAUGUCAGACUCUGGACGAAAUAGUCCUCUUCAGAAGGGAAGCUCAAGUGAUGAUUGCUCUGAGAAACCUAGUCUUUCUCCGCCACCCAGCCAAAGGAAGCCCAUUGAAAGUCCGCUGUCUAGUCCUUUGCGACAGAGAGCAAAUGCUGCAACAGGGACAAGAAAGAAAUUAUUUGGUGUUCUUGAAAGGCUUGCCAAGUCAAAGUGGGUCAAGAAAGCUGCAGAAACUAAGAUUGUUAAAACUGCAGCUGAAAAGUUCUCAAAUCUUCCCAUAAUUCUCUCAGUGGAAGUGCAGUCAGUGAAAGGAACCCUAACGUUAAACAUCCCACCACCUCCAACAAACAGAUUAUGGUAUGGUUUCAGAGAUGAUCCCAUGCUCUUUGUUACUGCUCGUCCUAAGCUUGGUGCAAGACAAGUCAAACUAACUCAYGUUACUGACUGGAUUGAAAGGAAACUCAAACAGGAAUUUAAGAAUAUGUUUGUCCUGCCAAACAUGGAAGACAUACCUAUCAAGAUCAUGAACAGCGAUGUUGAAAGACAGUUUGCUGACAACUAACGRCACAGUUAUACAGACAUGCAUUCCCUCAUUGAAAGCACACUGAAUAAUAACAUCUUUGCAUAACCAUAGCACUAAAUGAUUUAAAAAGCAUGUGGCCAGAGUCCAUAUAGAAGUCAGAGUGAAAACAAUAAUGACCAAAUUUAUGAUAUAUGGUCAUUGAUAAGAUUCAUAAGCAAAUUCACAACACAAAACCUGACUCUUGUUCAGUCUUUUAGGUUAAAACUGCAUUCAAAGUAAAAUAUUCAAUAGAAAGUUUAUUUAUUAACUGUCGACUCUUAUUAAGUUAUUGGUGAUGUCUACAUUUAUAAUAUUUGUCAGAAUUUACAGUUAAAAAAAGUUAAUCUAUGAGAAUUAUGUUUUGAUUAAUUAUUUCAAUCUUAUUAAUGAUAGUCUCUUAUCAAACUAUUGUGGGCUCAGACAAAAGUAAUAUAUAAUUAUUAUUACAUGUAAAGAGAGCUUGAAAUAGCAUUGAACAUUAUAAUAAUUCAUUACGACCAUCAUUUUUAUUGCUAUACAACCAUUCCAAGAAAUAUCACAAAAUAACAAACUGCACGUCUAAAUGUUUUCUUGAUUGCUUGGUUAUAUAGCAGUGCAAAUGAUGGUAAURCAAGCUGAUGGAAAUGAGAUUUGCCUUAUGUUACUACAAAUCAUUYUGAAAUGGAAUAGCCACAUCAAAAUUGUUACSAUGUCAAUCACUGAGAGGCUAUUACCUUGCUUGCAUCAUAGUAGAUGAUGCCAUGGCACUAGCAUUGCCCAUAGUUUGUCUGACAUACAAAAUGAAUUAUUUCACUCGUGGAUAUGAGAUUGUCACAGUAAAGUAUUUAUUCUUAUUAUUAGUCAUUUCAAUAUGUUGCAUGGAAUAGUAUUUGAUCAUUUUCCCAUCUGUAAUCAAAGGAUAGGUGAAAAUUUCCUAGUUCAUCAUGGUAUUGAUCAUUCUACUUUAACCAUUUAAAAUGUUAAAAAUUUAUCAUCAUGAUUUAAGUUGAAAUAGGUUUAUAUUUUUCAAAAAAAUGCAAUUCAAUGUUAAAUUGUAAUAAAGUUAAAAGUUUAUUAUC